AUGAACACCCCUCGCCGGGAUAAAGUGAAGGUCCCUACCAUCGAAGCUUUUGAUGGAACUACUGACCCAGAAGAGCACAUGGCUGCCUAUGCAGCCCAAAUGAGCGUCCAGAUCGGAUGUGGAGCCACUUGGUGCAGAUACUUUCCUACCACUUUGAAGGGUCUAGCCCUUAUCUGGUUCAACAAGCACGUGGCAAAAGGAAGUAUCACGAGCUACAAUGAGCUUGAAAGAGUUUUCAUCAGCCAAUUCGCGGUAGGUCGGAGGCACCAAAAGACAAGUGUCAACUUAAUGGCAGUCAGACAAGGAGACACGGAGACCCUUCACAAUUAUGUUAAGAGAUUCAAUGAAGAAGUCCUAAAGAUACACAAUCUUAAGGACGAAACCAAGUUUGCAGCCCUCUUGGCAGGUCUUCAGUCCGAUGAUUUCAAGUUUGAGUUGAUCAAGUCUGGGGUAUCCAACUUCGAAGAAGCCAUGGAAAAAGCCCAAAAGCACAUCCAAGCCACAGAUGUCUGUAAAAUCAGUUGGGGAGGUGAGCGUAGCACAAGGCAAAAACAAAAGCCAAGUUGGGGAGAGACCUCAAAACCGGAUAAGAAGAAAAAAGAGAACGGCAGCCCCGAUCGAGCUCAACCCUCCCUCAAAAGGUCAGUAAUAGCCGAAGACCAUGGUGAGGAUCCGAGGUACAACCGCAACAGGCGAGAGAUUUACCUUGAUCUGAAAGGAAAAGACAUCCUUCCCAAACCCCCGGCAAUCCGAACGCCCGAGGCAAAGCGAGACAAGUCACUGUGGUGUGAGUUCCACCAUGAAUGCGGGCACACCACGAAGAACUGUAGAGAGCUGAAAAGGGCGCUAGACCACUUGGCCGACGAGGGCAAGCUGAAUGAUUACUUAAGGAAGAAUCCUACCCCGAAAGGAAAAGCCAAGGAAAAGGAAUCCGCUAGUGAGGACACAGGGGAUUACAUUGGGGUGAUAGCUGGAGGCCUAGCCACAGGUGGGUCUGUUAGCAAGGCAAAGGAUAGCUUAUGGACACUUGAACACCAAGUCUUGAAAGUAUCAUCGGCUUCUCAAACAACACCGGCAAUGACCUUCGGCGGGAACACUGGCCGCCCACUCCAAGAGUCCCAUGACGAUCCCCUAGUCAUCGAAAUGAAAGUUGCCAACUCAACAGUUGGGCGAGUGCUGGUAGACAGUGGGUCGUCUGCUGACAUUAUCGCUCUGAAAUGCCUAGAAGGGCUCAAGUAUACCAAGGAUGAUCUGAAAACCAUCUCCCAGCCGCUCAUUGGGUUUGGAGGACAAGCCGUCCAUCCCCAAGGUACCAUCAAGCUACCUGUCAGGUUGGGUCCUAAGAACAAAGGAAGACGACUACUAGUGGACUUUCUUGUCGUGGGCAUCUCACUACCAUACAACAUCAUCUUGGGCCGACCUCUACUAAACAAAGUAAAAGACGCGAUCUCUGUGUACCAACUUCUCAUGAAGUUCGAGUUGGAAGAUGGCACUGUGGGAAAGAUCUUUGGAGAUCAGCAAGUGGGUAGAAGAUGUUAUGUCAAUAGCCUCAAAAGGGUACCAGAUACCCCCCAACCCCGGUCAAGAAAGUCAAGCAGGAAGAGACCCCACUAG